AUGAGUGAAGCUAAUGCCCGAAAAAGAUUGUUAAUAGAUCUCAAAAAGUUAUCACAGAGUCCCCCUGAAGGAAUUAGUGCUUGUCCUGAUGAAGAUGAUAUUAUGAAAUGGACAUGUGUUAUAUUUGGUCCAGAUGACACAAUUUGGGAAAGUGGUAUUUUUCAACUUUCAAUGACAUUUACUGAAGAAUAUCCUAUUAAACCUCCAAAAGUUGUCUUUAUAUCAAAAAUGUUCCAUCCAAAUGUGUAUCCUAAUGGAAAUAUUUGUUUAGAUAUUUUAUCAUCUCAAUGGUCACCAACAUAUGAUGUCAUUGCUAUUUUAUCAUCAAUCCAAUUACUUCUUAAUGAACCAAAUCCUAGUUCACCAGCAAAUGGUGAAGCUGCUGAGUUAUUUGUUAGAAAUAAAAGAGAAUAUAAUAGAAGAGUAAGAGAAAUAGUUGAUGAAUCUUUAAAAGCUGUAGAAGAUGAAGAUGAUAAUGAAGAAGAAGCAGAAUAA